CUUGUGUUUUUGUAAAGUUUUGAGGUUAAGUUGAGCUUAUCAUCCGAGUUUUCUGAAAUUCUGACUUUUCUCUUAUUUUUACCACUUUAUCACUCCGCCCAGUUAAUUUUUGGAAACAAAGAAAGCAAGCUUUCCCUUCACCCAAUUCUUCUCCUCUCUUCUGUUAGUUAUCUGCCCCCGUCCUUGUUACUUCAUUUUCGUGUCGUCCUGUAAAAAAGUAGCAGUGAUCAGGAUAUAGUUUUAUAACUCAGAAAAAAGAAUAACUAUAGGUAUGGAUCUCCUUGGAUCAAUUUUGAAAUCGAUGGACAAACCUCCUACUAUAAACUCAGGCGUUAAACAGCAGUUAAAAAAACAAAAUGAAGCAUACCUGAAAGAAAAAGAUAAGGAGCGUGCUAAACUUCAGUCUUUUCGUGAUAGUAUUCAGAAAAAAAUCCAUGACUUUGCUAAAGACGAUUCUCAACAACGACUGAAAUUCCCACCAAUGGAUCAAAUUUAUCGAGCAGUAAUCCAUGAGAUUGCUGAAGAUGCCAAUUUGUCUGGUUGCUCAUUUGGUGAAGAAGGCAUUGACAGGUACAUAAUGGUGUACAAAAAAGAGAAUCCACCAUCAGAAGAUGAACUAGCUGUCUUGCGAAGAGGAGAAGAAUGGAAUGAAGAGAAAGCAAAGGAAUUAGCGAAGCAGCGAGAAUUAGAAAAACAAGAAGAAGAGGCCGCCAAAAUUCGGAAAAAAGAAAAAUUUGUGCCUCAACAUAACUAUAAGGAUAAAUAUGCACACUUGAUUGGAACGGAGGCUGCUCUAGAGGCUGCAAAAAAGACAGAGACUAAUAAGCAAUACGGAUUUGUUCCUGCUGAAAACAAAAAAGACUCCCGGUCAAUAGAACAAACUUUGGCAGAUAUACAAUCCAAAAAGCGACUUAAAACAAGUCAUGGAGACAGUAGUAGUGGAAGCGGUAACACCAAUGAGCCGAAAGACUGAAUUAAUUGUUUUUUCCACCACAAGUGAUGGCAUGGUGUCUGUUUGAUUUGUGGGUGUAGGAUCUUUGAUUCGUCAUAGAUUGCAACUCUACCAUGAUCACAAGCCAGUAUUAUGAAACUAGAAAUAUUUCAGUAAAAUAGUUUCUUGCUCUACCGAAUUGAAACAAGAAUUCAAGUUUUUACUCAGUGGAUAUAAUUGGCUGAAACUCAUAUUUCAAUAAGGUGUACUGUAGCAUGUGAAAAGAUUUUACAGCACAAUUUGUAAAAGUAGGCAGUGUUUAAUAUUGAAUAUUUCUUUUUAAUCAAUCAGACUUAUGUACAGAAGUCACUCAUUCUGAAAGGCAUUGAAUGCUUGAUACUAAGUGUAGUCAAAUAUUUACAAUUGCAGUGCUGAUUUUUUUUCUUUUGCUCAUUUAAUGCACGAGGACUUAAGGCAAUACUUUUUGAGAAACUAGUGUCAGAUACCUCUACAUCAGCUGGUUUUAAAUUUGAAGCUAUUGUUACAGUAGGUAACUCUUUUCACAUGCAGUUAAGAAAAAAAAUAAAAAAUGAUAAAAAAAUAAAAUCAAUAA